AUGGAGGGCGCUCGACCUCUGGAAUCGGACACCACUAAUAAACUCACAAAAUUCUCUACACCCUUCUCCAUUGAGAGUUUGAUUGCGAAUCAUCAUCACCACCAGCAACAGCAGCAACAGCAACAACAACAACAACAACAACAACACGAUCAAGAAAGAAGCCCACAAAAGCUAGUCAACGCCAAUAAUCGCGACCAAGACCAGCUAAAUGCACGCGCCUUAGUCGCCACCUCUGCCUUGGGUCUCACAAAUUUCCCCUUCUACAAUCCCUGGCUACAUGGUUACUUUGCACAGAAUCACGAUCGAUUAACGCAGCUGAUUUCUAGCGGUUGUUAUCUGUCAAACUUCACAAAAGCUGAGCAAAAUCUAAGUUCAACGCCACUGCCGGCACCCCUACUCGCGCAACUGGCGGCAAAAAGUGCCUCAUCACUGCCAUCGCAUCCGCAUCUUAUGCCAGCUAGUGGCAGCAGCUUUCCACCCAGCUCGAGUAACGGUGACCAUCAUGUACGACCGGUGCCGUCGGUGUCAGCGCAUUCGUUAGAUUCACAAAUGCCAGCGCGUUUUUUGUUCAAUCCGUCGGAUGCGAAUUAUCGCGAGAAGGUUUUGUUGAGUAAUUUCGGUGGUCUCGGCUCAAGUGGUGCGUCAGUAAACGCGUCUCAUUCGAAUCUUGCCAAUGAUUUAAGUGACGAUCAUCAACGUUCAAAUUUUGAAUUCAUAGGUGAUGAUUAUGUUCAUAAUUUAACGGUACAUACGCGCCUGCAGAGUCCUAACCAGAAUAACUUGGUUUUAAGUGAUCCAAAUGCCAGCGAUAUGACGUUGGGUGCUUCGUCCGCCUCCAGCUGUGGUAAUACCAACAGUCGUGACUCGGACAAAUCGCAUACGUCCGAAGCGUUGUUGGAUGUGGGCGUGGACGAGGAUUUUGAUUGUAGCGGCGAUUCCUGCAGUGACAUAAGCCUUACAAUGUCGCCGAAAAACUAUAGCACUGAUAUGGAUAAGAGCAGAGGCUACACACACUCUGAUAGUGAAGACUGUUCGGAUGACGAAACUGUGAAUGGACAAAACGACUCGCAUAAGGAUUCUGCGAGUAGUUGUGGGGGUGGAAAUUCCAAAUCACGCCGAAGACGUACCGCUUUUACCUCGGAGCAACUGCUGGAACUUGAAAGGGAAUUUCAUGCAAAGAAAUAUUUAAGCCUGACUGAAAGAAGUCAAAUAGCGACGAGCCUUAAACUUAGUGAAGUACAGGUGAAAAUUUGGUUUCAAAAUCGUCGCGCCAAAUGGAAGCGUGUCAAAGCUGGUCUCACAUCGCAUGGCCUCGGACGUGGUACUGGCGGUGGCACCAAAAUUGUUGUACCCAUACCUGUGCAUGUGAAUCGGUUCGCGGUGCGUUCGCAACACCAACAGCUGGAGAAAAUGUGCCUGAGUGGUCCAAAACCUGAUCUGCGCAAGAAAAUGCCCACCGAGCUUAGCGGCUUCGAGAAGUUCAAUGCGACCAAUGGCGUGGUGGCGAGCUUAAGCAAUGGCAGCGCUGCUGGUGUUCUCAGCGCUACAGCGACGCCGGCAGCAUUAAUGGCGGCAGCAAAUAUGGCGGCGGCGAAUACAGUUACGGGUACUUUGGCGUUGGCGCGGAGCAUUUAUUGA